ACUUUCACUUCUCACUGAGCUGUGAUUGGUCAACCUAUAGGCUUCUUUUCUGUGCACCUGAUUAUUCUGUUUCAGAGCAGCAGAGCAACUCACAGCAGCAGACACAAGGUGUGCAAGCAAUUCUAUAAAACCCUACAAUGGAUGAGGAUUCACAGAAUCUUGUGGGGAACCAGGUCCUGGACGACAGUGUGAUCAGCGUGGACAACAGGGUGCCACGCAAUACGAUGAGCUGUAACAAGCAAAGCCUGGUUACGGCACUGUCUGUCUUUGUGGCCUUACUAAUUGUCGGGCAAGCUGUGACGGUAUACUUCUUGACUCAGCAGCAAGACAAGAUCAACACUCUUGACCUCACUACCAAACACCUAAAGUUGCAGGACAUGAUCAAGAAGCUUCCUGGAUCACCUAGCUCUGCAUCAAAAUCAAAGUUGAAGAUGGCCAGCAUUGACAUACCUUUAAUGGUCAGGGAUCCAAAUCAACCCAUCCCUAUAAGUACACAGGCACUGAAAGGACUCGCUGAGGCCAGCAAUAUGGUGGAGGAUGCUGUCCAUUAUAUCCUGCGGAAGGGAAAACCUUUCAGAUACUUCCCAUCAUUUAAUGGCACGGUUCUGGAUAACAUGAAGGAGCUGAGGAAAAACUUGGGCGAUGAAGAGUGGAUGGUGUUUAGUUCCUGGAUGGAACAGUGGUUCCUGUUCUAUCUGGUGCAGAAUACAAAAGCACCUAAGACUACCCCAACCCCAAGAGAAAACCUUUUUACAGGAGCACCAGUCAUGAGUGAAUGCCAGCUUAGAGCAAGUGGCCGCACACAGCCUGGAACCUUUCAGCCACAAUGUGAUGAAAAUGGUGACUAUGAAUCUCAGCAGUGUUGGAGAGCCACUGGUUACUGCUGGUGUGUCUACAAGAAUGGAACCGAGGUUCCGGAAACUAGAUCUCGGGCCAAGUUGGAUUGCAGCAAGUUUAAUCUAUUUGAUGAAUCCAACAUUGGAUCAACUGCCCUGAAUUACUAUGAGAAUGAAUAAUUCUGAAACAGGUGGCUGCCUCACAAGCAUCUAUUUGUCAGUACAGCAUAAGAUAGGCGAAUCAAUUUAAGCUGGAUCAUCUUACUUCAAUAUCUUUUUUUAGCUGACCUUUCAACCUGGUUCCUGCUUACUAUAUACAUUUAAGUUUGUAUGUUCUGUAGCAUCUAUACGGCAAAGAAACCUGGAAUGCGUUUUUCCAGUUACACAAAAUAAAAAUGAUAAACUGAAUUGGUUUUAAAAGUGCAUCCCCUUUAUGAAAUUAUACGGUUUGCCUGCAUUUUUUGUAAAUCUAAAGACAGAUUGAUUGCCAUAUAUUUGAUACAAGCUCCCUCUCCUUGCACGGUUUUCAAAAGUGACACAUUCUGAAAUAAGUGUAAAAAUAUGUGAUUGACAAUAUAUUCGGACUUCAUGUUCUUACUGUGACACUUAUUAUUUCUCUAUUAAGAGUAAAUAAAAAAUUAUUUAAA